GAUGGAACCCAGCCAGGAUUCCCCUGGCUCCUGAUGCCCACCACCUGUGCGCCCACCGCCCCGUGGACAGCCCUCUUCCCCUGCCCUGCUCCCACAGACUCCUCUCUGCCGCACAGACUUCAAUAAAACGUGCUUUUCUCUCUUGACAGCGUUUGGUGGAUCUGUCAGUCCCUCUGCGCGGAAGCUCGGGCGCCCCCUUGGCCCCGGCAGGGGGCGCCCCCACCCUUGGGGAAGGGGCGGGGACGUCGGGAGUGGGCGGGGGCGGGGGCGGGGGUGGCCGGGACGGGGGCGGGCUCUCCGGGCCCCCAUUGGCUACGGCCCCCCCCAACACGAGGGCUCCCCCCAUCUCCCCCCGACAUCAGUCCGUCCAGCUUCCAGCUGCUGCAGCAGCGCCUUCUCGGUCUCGGCAUCCAGCCGCCCCCUGCUCCGGCCCGGCAUGGCGACCCCGACCCAGGCCCCCACAAAGGUUCCUCAGGAACCUGAUCCAUUUUACUAUGACUAUGACACUGUGCAGACAGUGGGCAUGACUCUGGCCACCAUAUUGUUCCUGCUGGGCAUCCUCAUCAUUAUCAGCAAGAAGGUCAAGUGCAGGAAGGCGGACUCCAGGUCUGAGAGCCCAACGUGCAAAUCCUGUAAGUCGGAGCUGCCCUCCUCAGCCCCUGGAGGUGGUGGCGUGUAAAACCAGCCCUGGGCACCUCCACUGCUGUCCCUGCCUGAGUGCAGAAGCCUGAGGACCGGGUGGAGGCGGUGGGGACCCCAGCCUUGCGCCGGGGAGCGCUCCCCCGAAUGAGCCGCCCCACCCACCCGAGGCUGGUGCGGCUGCACCCCGCUGCCCCUCCCCAGGUCUUGGCAAUGACGACCCCGCAAAGAGCCCGUCUGCAUCCCGGAUCCAGGGACUCAGGCCUCCAGCUCCUGGGGUCCAGGAGUCCAGCCCCAGCCCCCCAGAAUGCCCACGUAUUGCUCCCCUGCACCUCCCUGUCUCCCCUCCGAAGAUCGGUUUCCUUGCACCCUUGGAGUCUCUGUCUUGAGCUUAAUAAAUGUGCACUUGGUUUUUUCCCUGUUCUGUCUGUGAGUCCUCAUCUGUGGGGACAAAAUGGGGGAGAGGGCAAAACUGAACCUUGGGGGAACUCUCUCCCGUCCCCAGGCUUGCCACCUCCUUCUUCCUCCCCUCCCCCAGCGCCCCAGUGGCCUCCCCAGUCUCAGAGACCCGGGAGUUUCCCCUCCCGUGCUCCGCGCCUCCUCCCCAGUCGCCCCUUCCCGUCGCUUCCCCGCCGCCCCCGCCACCCCAGAGUAGACACCCCGCCCACGCUCCCCUGCCUCCCCAAAGGUUUCCCACCCACCAAGACCGGCCGGUGCUCUCCCGCCCUUCUCCCCCCAGCGGGUGGGUGGAGGCCACUAACCGGCCUCUCACCCCUGCCCCC